CGCGCCAAAUUAUUUCUCCAAACACGCGGUCGACCCAAGCUCAUCGCAUCGACACAUCGACACAUCGACGCUAUUCAAUGAAAUAAUAAAAAGAGAUUCAUCAAUCCUCCCCGACGAAUACAGAGGCGCACAUUAAUUUCAUUCUCGUCACUCGCUAAUUAUCUAUCCUAAUUAAUUUCUUGAUAAUUGCGAUUCGUCGUGUCCGCUUCAUCAACAGCCCUAUAAUCACCCAAUCUCUCCCUUUUUCAAUCAAUCACUAGUCGGAAUAAUCCUUCGCCACAAAGAUGGAUGGCGAACACGCCAGCUAUGGCUCACCAGCCAAUGCAGCUACACCUGGUAGCAACCUCAUUCUAGCACAACCUCCUCUACAAGCUGACACAUCGAAUGCGCAAGCAGCUGAAGAUGUGCAGAUGUCUGAAAUACCCUCGACUGAUCCGAUCAUUAAGCAAGAUAGCACUACUCCUGCUCCUGCAGGUACUUCAGAUAACCCACUCGAUGCCCCUCCCGCGCCGCCUGCUGAAACUACAUUAGCUAAGGAUGACGAGGAAAUGGGCGAGGCUCAGGCCGAUGGACGACAAGAAAAAGAUGGUGACGAAGUAGCCGCCGGUGCUGAUGGUGCCCAAGAAGUAAAGUCAAAGGAAAGUAUCGAGAAUGCCGCGCGCGAACAUCUCAUCUCCCAAACCCACGCUAUUGUCCUACCGAGUUACAGUACCUGGUUCGAUAUGAAUGCCAUCCACAGCAUCGAACGCAAGGCUCUACCCGAAUUUUUCAACAGUCGAAACCGAAGUAAAACCCCAGCCGUCUACAAGGAUUACCGUGAUUUCAUGAUCAAUACCUACCGCCUGAACCCUGUCGAAUACUUAACUGUGACAGCCUGCAGACGGAACUUGGCUGGAGAUGUCUGCGCCAUCAUGCGCGUCCACGCAUUCUUAGAACAAUGGGGACUAAUUAACUACCAAGUUGAUGCGGAUCAACGCCCGUCCCAAGUUGGGCCACCCUUCACUGGUCAUUUCCAAGUUAUCUGCGAUACACCGCGCGGACUUCAGCCCUGGCAACCUUCAGCCGAUCCUAUUGUUCUCGAAGGUAAAAGGAUCCAUGACACUGACCAAAAAGCUGCUGCUGCUGCAACUGCUGCCGGCGAACGAAACCUUGAGAUCGGCCGCAACAUCUACGAAGCAAAUGCGAAGGGUACGAAGAUAAACAAGAACGAAAACAAACCGAAUGGCGAGGCCACAACUAACGGCGCUACCUCACCAACCGCCGAUGAAAAUCUAACCAAGCCUGUUGUCAAAGUCCACUGCCUAAACUGUGGCGUCGAUUGCACCAGAGUUUACUAUCAUCUGCCAGAGGCAAACUCCGCAAACAAGACCAAGUAUGAUGUUUGCCCUAGUUGCUACUUGGAGGGCAGAAUACCUAGCAACCAGACAAACACCCAGUUUAUCAAGAUGGAGAACAAGACCUACUCAACAAUCCCUGACCGAGAGGCCCCGUGGACAGAUGCUGAGAUUCUUCGUCUCCUCGAGGCGUUAGAAAGAUACGAUGACGACUGGGCUGAAAUAGCAGAGCACGUAGGCACGCGAACCAGGGAAGAAUGUGUCCUACAAUUCCUCCAACUAGAUAUCGAAGAUAAAUAUCUCGAAACGGAAGCCCCCAUCCACGCUCCCACGGGCCUCGCUAUGCUAGGAAAGCACGGCGGUCACCUUCCUUUCAGCCAAGCCGACAACCCUGUGAUGUCCGUUAUCGGAUUUCUCGCUAGCCUCGCGGAUCCUAAGACGACAGCCGCAGCGGCGAAGAAGUCUGUUGAAGAGCUGCAACAAGGUUUAAGGAACAAGAUUGAGGGUGGCGAAGUGGCCAAGGUUAAUGGUAAAGGCAAGGAAAAGGAGGGUGAUUCGAUGGAGAUUGACGGCAACCAAGAGAACACAAGCACAACGGUGUCAAACUUGGCUAGCAUACCACUCGCCGCUAUGGGUGCACGUGCAGGUGGCUUGGCUUCUCAUGAGGAGCGAGAGAUGACCAGAUUACUCUCCGCCGCUGUGAAUGUGACCUUGCAAAAGAUGGAGCUGAAGCUGAAGUUCUUUGACGAAAUGGAAGGCAUCUUGCAAGCAGAACGGCGUGAGUUGGAGCGGGGCAGACAACAGCUGUUCUUGGACCGACUCGCGUUUAAGAAGAGGGUGAGGGAAACCCAGGCCGGCCUGCGCGCGGGCGUGAAUGGCGCCGAUAUCAAGACAGACGGCAACGGCUUAACUUUCACAUCCGCCCCCUCCCUAAGUUCAGUCCAACCACUCGGCAGCGACGGUAACAUCAAGAGCUACGAAGCCUAAGCAACAUCCAGGUCAGGUUUGGAGUUUUUUACGCGCGAUAGAAGAGUCGGUUGAAUGUGAUUUCGCGGCGAACCAGGCUUCCAAAGGGAAAUGGAAUGGGCAAACGCAGUUUUCUUAUUUACCGCUAGCUGUUUUUUUUCUUCCGUUGUUCCGGGGAGGCGUCAUGGGAAAUUCGACACAUCGCAAACCGGUCCUUGCUAUGUAUGUAUGCUCUUCCAGAAAAAGGGUAACUAUCUUGCACUUCUUCGUCUUUGUUUUUAUUCUUCGUUUUUCCUUUGCAGAGGAGGAGGGGGGUAGGCAAAGGAGGGGAAGAAGCUCUAUUGAUGCUCUUCUGCGAAAAGGGCUGUGUAUUACCAUAACGCGAGAUAAGAUCAUAUCGAUUAGGUACCCUCAUAAAUACCUAGGACACGUCCGUGAGAAAUGGAAAAGGCU